AUGGCUUGCAGCGCUAGAAACACAAGCAGAGUUUACAAAGGAAUCUUCCAAACCCUGUUCAACAUUGGAACUUUAAGGCCAAGAUUCGUGCAUUCGUGUCCAACCUCGUUGAUCCAGAACCUUCUCAAGUUCCGAAGAGACAAGCCCACGGACCAAUUGCAUCGAGCCCUAGAUCAGUGCGGCGUCUACCUCAACCACCACCUCGUUCUCGACGUCCUGCGACGACAUCAUUCCGAUUGGCGACCCGCCCACUUGUUUUUCAACUGGUCCAAAACCGCCGGCUACGAACCCAGUUCCGAUGUCUGCAACGAGAUGAUCGAUAUUCUCGGCAAAAUGAAGCGCUUUCAGGAGUUGCACCAAUUGCUCGACGAAAUAUCAAAGAUAGAGGGACUUAUCGACGAAAAAAUGUUUGCCACCCUGCUUCGUAGGUUCGUGUGUUCUCAUAAAGUGGACGAUGCAGUUCAGUUAUUCCGCAGGAGGAAGGAGUUCGGAUUGGAUCUUGGUUCCGAGGCUUUUUGCACCCUCUUGAUGUGGCUGUGCAGGUACAAGCACGUGGAAGAGGCCGAAACGUUGUUCCAUAAUGUGAUGAAGAAGGAUUGGAGUUUUUUUAUGGAAAACUUUAAUGUCUCUUGUAGUGCCGAUAUAAAGACCUGGAACGUGAUCCUGAAUGGUUGGUGUGUUUUGGGGAACGUGCAUGAGGAAAAGAGGGUGUGGAGAGACAUAGUGGCUUCUCCAUGCAAGGCUGAUGUAUUCAGUUAUGCCAUCUUCAUCAAGGCAUUGACCAAGAAAGGAAAACUUGGGACGGCACUGAAGUUGUUCCGUGGCAUGUGGGACAAGGGUUGUAGGCCGGAUGUUGUGGUAUGCAACUGCAUCAUUGAUGCUCUCUGUUUCAAGAAGAGGAUUCCUGAGGCGUUGGAGAUUUUCCGUGACAUGAGUGAGCGAGGUUGUGAACCGAAUGUUGCUACUUACAAUUCUCUUAUUAAGUACAUGUGCAAGAUACAGCGAAUGGGGAAGGUGUAUGAGCUGGUGGAUGAGAUGGAGAGGAGGAAUGGGAAUUGCUUGCCUAAUGCUGUUACUUAUUGUUACUUGCUCAAGAGUUUGAAGGAGCCAGGGGAAGUUCACGGGGUUUUGGAGAGGAUGGAGAGGAAUGGCUGUGGUAUGAAUGAUGAUGUUUACAACUUGGUGCUAAGGUUGUACAUGAAAUGGGAUGAUGAAGAUGGUGUGAGAAAAACGUGGGAAGAAAUGGAGAGGAAUGGAUGGGGGCCAGAUAGGAGAUCAUAUACCAUCAUGGUUCAUGAGCACUUUGAGAAAGGGAGGGUGAAGGAUGUUGUGCGUUAUUUUGAGGAGAUGAUAGCUAAGGGAAUAGUGCCAGAGCCAAGGACAGAGAAGUUAGUAAGUUCCUUGAACAUUCGGGUGAAGGGGAGAACAGAAAAACGGGAAAGUAUUGAAGAGGAGAGAACUAGGCUUUGA